AUGAAUGAUUGUACCCCGGAGGUUGGUAUGGAGUUUGAUACGUUAGAGGCAACUUGGAUGUUUUGGAAAAAUUAUGGAAAACAAAUGGAGUUUAGUGUUCGAAAGCAUUAUGCAAAUAAAAGUAAGAUAGAUGGAGAUAUAACAUCGAGAAGAUUUUUGUGUUCUAAAGAGGGUACUCUUUGUGGGACUGGAAAGUACAAGGUGUACAAUUUUGUAUCUGAGCACAACCAUGUUCUUCAUCUUGCAGCAACUACUUUCAUGAUGCGAUCAGAACGAAAGAUGUCUGAUGUCCAAGCUUUUGCUAUUGAUUUAGCUUAUGCUUUUGGAAUUAAGCCUAAGGAGAUACAUAAGUUAAUGAGUAGAGAGGCUGGUGGAAGGGCUACUUUUGGCUACACUAGAAUUGAUCAAAAAAACUAUCUUUGA